AACACUUACCUAACUGCGCACAAAGCAUUUCCCUAUGAAAAAUAUACGUCUAAGUCUGUAUUUGCAUUACACGAUGAUUGGUCUUACGUUGUCCUUUCACGCAGCCUUAUGGUUGUUGAGUUUUUGCGAGGCUCGUCCAGAGGGCAAGUUUUUAGGAGUGUUUUACGAGAAGUUCAAGGAAAGCUCUAAGCCGUCAUAUUUUACCCCAGAAUCAUAUCCAGAAUUGAAGUCAAAUUUAUAUCAAGGUGAUAUUUUGCUGCCCGUUACCAGAAAUGCUAUUAUAUCUAAUUAUUAUAAAUGGCCAUGGGGAGUUAUUCCUUACACGAUACAGCCAUAUUUUACGAUAGAAGAACGGUCAAAGAUCCGUAAAGCUAUGGACGCUAUCGAGUCAAAGACAUGUUUGAAGUUUGUGGAUAAGAAUGACGGUAAGGCUAUGCAAGCAAUGAAUCUGGCCCAUAACGAUUACUUGUCUAUCACACGUGAACUGAAGAAAGGUUGUUACGCGAUGAUCGGUUAUCAACAGAAUUUUGGAAAGCCACAUACGAUGAACCUGGAAUCACCAAUUUGUCUUAAUACCCAAGGCACUAUUCAGCAUGAACUCCUGCACGUGGCUGGGUUGCUCCACGAACAGUCACGUUAUGACCGCGACAAUGCUGUGGUUAUUUAUUGGGAAAAUAUAGAUAAAACAUAUUGGUCAGAUUUUAAUAAAGUCGCGGAUAACUAUACUACUACAUAUGGUCUACCGUACGAUUACACAAGUGUCAUGCAUUAUCCACGUUAUGCCUUUUCCAAAAAUGGAAAGGAGACUAUCGUUGCCAGAAACGAUCCGAAUAUGGCGCUCGGACAAAGAAAUGGAGCUACAGCGACUGAUUUGCAAAAAGUAUAUGCAAUGUACAGCUGUACUGGAGUUUCGUCCAUGUCAAAUUCUGGUGACUAUUUAGGUAAUACAUUUCGAAUAUUUUAGAUUCGCAAACUAUAAUAAUUUAAAAAAAAAUGAAAUUUUGUAAAAAUGCACUGA